AUGGAGGCCCUGCAGAGGCAGCAGGCAGCUCGACUGGCCCAGGGGGUGGGGCCACUGGCCCCUCCACACCUGCCAAUGCCACCGCGGCCUCCCCUGCCUGGCCCCCGGACCCUGCAGGCUCCUGAUGGGGCCUUGGGGGAGGUUGGGGCUGAGGAAGAGGAGGCCGAAGACGAUGAAGAGGGAGAGGAAGCUGGGGCAGAGGAGGAGACAGCUGAGGAGAGCCAUCCAGGGACCCGGGACCCCAGCUCACCUUGCAGCCAGCCUCCUGGACCCCAUCCCCAUGAGUGGACCUAUGAGGAACAGUUCAAGCAGCUGUAUGAGCUCGAUGCGGACCCCAAGAGGAAGGAGUUCCUGGACGACCUGUUUACCUUCAUGCAGAAGAGAGGGACACCAGUGAAUCGCGUGCCCAUCAUGGCCAAGCAGGUGCUGGACCUCUAUGCACUGUUUCGCCUGGUGACGGCCAAGGGUGGACUGGUGGAAGUCAUCAACCGAAAGGUGUGGCGGGAGGUCACCCGUGGCCUCAGUCUGCCCACCACCAUCACCUCGGCUGCCUUCACUCUGCGCACCCAGUACAUGAAAUAUCUGUACCCAUAUGAAUGCGAGACACGGGCGCUCAGCUCCCCCGGAGAGCUCCAGGCCGCCAUAGACAGCAACCGGCGCGAGGGCCGUCGCCAGGCCUAUCCCACCACCCAGCUCUUCAGCUUUGCGGGGCCGCCCCCUCGGAGCGCUCCUGGCUCUGUCCUGGGGGCUGGCCCUGCCGCUCCGCCGGUGCCCCCAUCCGGCCCCGCCCCUCUCCAGGGCUCCACCUCUAGCCUGCCUGUGCACGCGUGCGCCCAACUGAGCCCCAGUCCCAUUAAGAAAGAGGAGAGCGGAAUUCCAAGCCCUCAUCUGGCACUUCCCGUGGGCCUGGCCUUGGGACCUGCACGGGAGAAGUCAGCACCAGAGGAGCCCCCAGAGAAGAGGGCUGUGCUGAUGGGGCCUGCAGACCCACCUCGGCCUGGAGCGCCCCCCAGUUUCCUGCCACGUGGCAAGGUUCCCCUGAGGGAAGAGCGGCUGGAUGGGCCUCUCAGUCUGGCAGGCAGUGGCAUCAGCAGUAUCAACAUGGCUCUAGAGAUCAACGGGGUGGUCUACACUGGUGUCCUCUUUGCCCGCCGCCAGUCUGUGCCAGCUCCCCAGGGCCCAGCCAAUCCUGCACCCCCAUCCUCUACAGGGCCUCCCUCCAGCUCCUUGCCCUGAGAACUCCUCCUCACAACUCGGAGUCCCAGCCCCAGUGCUGAAAGGGGAAGAGGCACUCCCUCCCCCAUUUUGGUUCUUUCCAGAUGCCUGAUCUAGGACCCAGCUCUAGGAGGUGACCACACCCCACCUCCAUGCCAAAGAGUUUUCUUUUGAUGUUCUAUCUACCUCAUUACAGAAGGAGGGCACUUCCUCCCUGGCCACUUCCAGCAGCAUCUACCAAAGAAUUCUUGCCCCAGUACCCCCAUCAUCUCCUUAUGUGCCCCCUGUAUCAAUGUCAUCUCUAAGACUCCACCCACUUUGACUCAGCCCUGCUACUCUUCAGGA